CGCAAUGUCUCCGUCAUUGUCAUUUAUUAGUUUGUGAGCUUCACGCUGUUGUUUGUGCACAGAGGAGAGACCAUUUUAAACCGCUGCAUUUACCAACAACUUUACUUAGUUCCAUGUCCAGCCUUGAGUGGGAACAUAUUGGAUCAAAGUGUGGAGUCGUCCGAUCUGUUAGUUCAAGUUUUACGAGUUUAACGGCAGUGACUUUGCAUACUGAUUUAGGAGAUAUUAAGAUUGAGCUUUUUUGUGAACGAACUCCAAAGGCCUGUGAGAAUUUCCUUGCACUUUCUGCUAGUGGAUAUUAUAAUGGCUGCACCUUCCAUCGUAAUAUUAAAGGAUUUAUGGUACAAACAGGGGAUCCCUCAGGCACAGGCAAAGGUGGGACAAGCAUUUGGAAUCGGAGGUUUGAAGAUGAAUUUAGUGAAUAUCUUAAGCAUAAUGUCAGGGGUGUUGUAUCGAUGGCAAGCAGUGGACCCAAUACCAAUGGCUCUCAGUUUUUUAUUACGUAUGGUAAACAGCCACACUUGGAUAUGAAGUACACUGUAUUUGGAAAGGUUAUAGAUGGACUAGAAACAUUAGAUGAGUUGGAAAAGCUCCCAGUCAAUGAAAAGAAUUUUCGUCCUCUAAAUGAGGUGCAUAUCAAGGAUAUUACGAUACAUGCAAAUCCAUUUGCUUCCUAAUAUGAAAAUAUGUCUAUAGUGACUAAAAAUGAACUGUUAAAAAUAAGGAUUUUUUAAAAAAAUAGUAGCACACAUAUAGUAUUUUUUUUAAUAAAACAUUUUAUACAAAGAAUUAAAAGCUGCAUUUUUUUUCCUGUAAACAAAUCAGUUAUUCUGAUGUCCUAAUUGUGAUAAGGCGGUCUGAAACAGUCUUCUUCUUCUUUGUAAUCACACUAAAAUAUCUUUAUCCUACAUUAGAUGGGUUAAUGUUAUGAAAUGCAAACUGAACUUUUUAUUUUAGGUACAUAUAAACUGCAUUUAGUAUUUUGAAAUAAGUUCAACUUAUAAGUGAUGGUUUAGAUUAAUUUUGGAGCCUAUUGACAAGCGCUGUCAUUUCCGCCAUCUGGAGGCUACCAUCAGUAACAUAAAUAUUCCUUUUUUUUGGCCAUUAACUCUACCUAUGACACUCCUUAGUUUUCAAAGCAUGCAUUAGAUUUUGAAAUGUUUUGUCAUUAUUAUUCUUCUGAGCUGAUUGUACC